AUGACGGCGCGAGCAGCGAAAAGGGAUCGACUGCCGAGACUUUACAAAGAUGCGCUGUCCAAGAAAUCGAAAGAGUACUGGGACUAUGAGAGGAUGAUCGUAAAAUGGGGCGUCCUGGACGACUACGAAGUCACACAGAAGAUCGGACGGGGCAAAUAUAGUGAGGUGUUCACAGGAUUCCACGUUCCGACCAACAAGAAAUGUGUCAUCAAAAUUCUGAAGCCAGUCAAAAAGAAGAAGAUUAAGCGCGAGAUUAAGAUCCUGCAGAAUGUAAGUGGGGGUCCCAACAUCGUCGAGCUGUUGGAUGUUGUGCGAGAUCCUCUCACAAAAACACCUUGCUUGGUCUUCGAAUGGAUUGACAAUCAAGAUUGGAAGACGCUCUAUCCCAAACUGACUCCCUACGACAUCAAGUUUUAUUUGUACCAGGUCUUGAAGGCCCUCGACUACAGCCACUCUCAAGGCCUAAUGCACCGUGACGUGAAGCCACACAAUGUCAUGAUCGACCACGAGAAAAGGAAGGUGCGAUUGAUCGAUUGGGGCCUUGCGGAGUUCUACCAUCCAUUGAAUGAGUACAAUGUCAGGGUAGCUUCGCGUCACUACAAGGGCCCUGAGCUUUUGGUCGAUGACAUGCUCUAUGAUUAUUCGCUUGAUAUUUGGAGUUUUGGCUGCAUGCUGGCAGGGCUCACUUUUCGCAAGGAGCCAUUCUUUGCUGGUGCCGACAAUGUCGACCAGCUCUACAAAAUCGCGAGGGUGCUGGGCACUGAUCUUCUGGAAGAGUACCUGGAUGCCUAUGAUCUUGAGCUGGAACUGGAGGUCGAGCAGCGUUUGGGGAAGCUUCCACGGAAGCCGUGGUCGUCCUUCAAGAACAAGGAAAACUCUGAUCGCUGCUCCCCAGAGGCACUCGACCUCAUAGAUAAGAUGCUGCGCUACGACCCGGCUGCACGGAUCCUGCCCAAGGAGGCGAUGGCGCAUGCCUUUUUCGCGGAUGUCCGGAAGGAGAAAGAGAAAUGA